AUGGCCACCUCGACGGCCCCACGAAACCCUCCCACGCCCAUACGGGCCAUUCCAUCUACUCUCCUGUCACGAACUGCACCCACGAUCCCGCCUGCUUCUCAACUGUAUGAACCUCUCGUGAAGGCUGUCUUGCGCCACCGACAGCACAAAAUCUUCCUCCACUCGGCUGCGCUCUCCUGGCUCCUCGUCUCGGCAUGGAGAACAUGGAGCGAAGGCGACCGAGACUUCUGGCUGCUUCCCAUCAGACCAUCGACGCUGGCAUACACCCUGGCGACCUUUGCUACUGGCGCCCUUCCCAUUGUUGUGCUGCGCAAGUCUCAUGUCGCAGCGUCGCCCACUCCCGCGACCUCUCCAUCCAAGACUUUGGCUGGCGCCUUUCAGAAGCAAAGUACCGUCCACGCGCUGUUGACCUACCUAGCGUCCUCACUAUCCCUCGCCGCCCUACACCUCUUCAUUACGACUUCAUACGACGCAACUGCCGACCCACAUGCCCGCAUUUCUCUAUUUGUCAAGUCAAGGAAACAUCCAUACUACCUCAAUGGGCACUUGAUCUAUCUUCUCUUCUCACAAGCAUUCAUUGCGCUCGCAUGUCUUGUUCGCUGUGUACUGCUAGACCGUUUUGCCGUCCGCUGGGGGGCUUCGUUGACGGCCCGCAAGGAGAAACUCCAGUCGUUUGGUCUCGCGCGCGCCGUCACCGUGACACUCACGACGUUUGUGUAUACCCUCAUAGCGACUGUGCUGUACUUGGGUGUGUUUGCCUUUGGACGGUCGGUGGUGCUGCCUACUUUCUACCAGCUGCCGUUCGUGCCGAGGCUGCUCAAGCCCUUCACGGCGCAUUUCUUGCGAGGACAAUGGACACCGCUGCUGCUCACGCGACACUGGUCGCUCGUGAGCCGUGCGUUCUACUUGGCCUUGACUACUGUCGGUAUCUGGGAAUUUGCGGAGAGCGCGUUUGACUCCAUCGUAGCGGAGUCGAUCAGUGUUUCCGCGCAUACAGCAGACCCCGGCCUCACAUUGGUGUCCGGCAUCACGUCCACGGAUCCAUACCUCAAACACUUUGCGUACGCCGAGCUGCGCGAGUUCACGACUGAGGACUCUCCCGCGGCUGCGCAGCGCCGCUCAGCCCUGUUCGCCGACCAAAAGUACAACCCGAACAUGUGGUCAACGCUCUCCCGCGAGGCCCUGCUCACGCUCGGACGCGACUACCAGCUUUUCCUCCGCAGAGGCCAGCCGGCGCCCCCACCCGCCGCUGCGCCUGCCGCGGCACCCAAACCCUCCACCCCCCUGCCGGGACACGCCACGCCGCUCCUCCGCGCCUCAGUCUUCAAGACCGCGCAGACCUCCCCGCUCCGCGCCUCGCUCGACAUGCUCGCCUCGGACGGCCCCUUAGCCACCGCGGUGUCCGAGACGGCCGAAGCGGGCGCGUCGCACCUCCCCGAGCUCUUCCGCUCCGUGCUGCCCUCGACCCCGCCGGCACCUGCUAGCGCGGCGAUCGAGACGGCGAAGAAGGCGGAGGAGAGCGUCGCGCGGGUCGUCAGCGAGACCAAGGGCGUGUGGCGCGAGGGCGUCGGGAAGACGCUCGUCGGAUUCCUGCCGAAGGGCGUGGCGGAGGCGGGUGCGCAGAUGCGGACGUGGUGGACGCGGGAGCGGGUGCACCGGGUCGCGGAAACGAGCCUGCCGAACCGGUAUGUGGACGCGCUCGCUGCGGAAGUGCUGUGCCGCCUCACGUGCGCGUCGCUCACGGAGGACGCCUAUGGGGUUGUCCAGCGGGACAUCCCGAAGAUCGUCGAGGCCCUGCUCUCGUUCCUGACCGCGCUCGAGGAGUUCCACACGGAGCUGAACGCUAAGUACGCGCUGCCGCCAUUGGAACAGCUACAACAACUGUCGGCGAAGGACGUGGCAGAGAAGGAGUUGCUCGCGCUUGAGGCUGCAAGAGCGAGCGAGGUGUGCGGGGUCGUCACUGACGCUAUCAAGGAGGGGGUCGUGCAGAUCGUGAGGACGUUUGGGGAGAAGCUGGCGGCGUUCCGGUUCCCACCCCGGAUUGCGAAGAAGCUGCAGGGUUUCGUCGACUACAACUAGUGGACAAUCUGUCGGGUCCCCGCUGGGGAAGGUAACUUACUUGGGAGCCUUGGUGUGUGGUCCCGCUUCUACUGGUCGUUGAAUUGGAAAGUUGUUGUCGGAGAUUAGUGCUGUUACCGACGUUGCCUUCGAACUUGACAUGCGACCCGAUAAGUGCUUCUCAGCCUUAAACAGCGCUGUGGCGCACCGCCGACGGCUCUCUAUGCUACGAAGCCACUUCCCUGCCGAUGAGAAUUCGAUGUUAUAGGAUAGGUAGCUCCCCGUCAUCAGAGUUCAGCCUCGUACGUAAUCA